CAUCCUCUCUCCGAUCGCGUCCCUCCCCCGCGCACGGCGGCGAGGCCGAGGCGGGCCAGCGAGCGCGAUCGGCGCCCGUUCCCGGCCCUGGGGGUCGCGCGCCCAGGGUCGAGGUGGUGAUGCGUUCUGCCUCUCGGUCUUGCCGCCUCCAGAUUUUUGCUCCGACAUCUGGCUAAUACUGUAUGAUGGUUGUUCUGGAGUGAAUACAAUUGGAGCAAUAUGGGUUCUCUCACUGACAUUGGUGUUUCUGCGGGCAUAAACAUACUAUCUGCAUUGGGUUUCCUUCUAGCGUUUGCAGUUCUGAGGAUACAGCCUAUUAACGAUCGAGUGUACUUUCCAAAAUGGUACCUCAAAGGGACAAGAAGCAGCCCAAGGCACUUAGGAACUGUUAUCUCAAAGUUUGUCAAUGCGGAUAUGUCAACAUAUAUUCGGUUUCUGAACUGGAUGCCCGCAGCACUGAGAAUGCCAGAACCUGAACUCAUUGAGCAUGCGGGGCUUGACUCUGCGGUAUAUGUCCGCAUCUAUCUUCUCGGUUUAAAAAUAUUUGUGCCAAUUGCGCUCCUAGCAUUUGCUGUUCUAGUUCCCGUCAAUUGGACUAGUGGAACAUUGGAAAAUGAAAAGGGACUAAGUUAUGACCAAAUUGACAAGCUUUCGAUAUCGAAUCUUGGAAAAGGUUCAAAAAGGUUUUGGGCACACAUAGCAAUGUGCUAUGUGUUUACAUUUUGGGUGUUCUUCGUGUUGUUUCACGAAUAUAAGGUUGUCACAACUAUGAGAUUGCGCUUUCUUGCUAAUCAAAAUCGUCGACCUGAUCAAUACACGGUUCUUGUCCGAAAUGUACCUCCAGACCCUGAUGAAACAGUUAGUGAACAUGUUGAGCACUUCUUUGCUGUGAAUCACUGUGAUCAUUACCUCAGUCACCAGAUUGUAUAUAAUGCAAACCAUCUUUCUGGCUUGGUUGAGAAGAAGAAGGGCUUGCAAAACUGGUUAAUCUACUACGAAAACAAGCAUGCUAAAAACCCUGCAAAAAAGCCAACCAUGAAGACAGGACUGUGGGGUCUUUGGGGGCAAAGAGUGGAUGCUAUAGAAUACUACAAAAAGGAAAUUGAGGAGUUAUGUAAACAGGAAGAUGAGGAGAGACAAAAGGUGAUCACUGAUCCAAAUUCUAUUAUGCCGGCGGCAUUUGUGUCUUUCAAAACACGGUGGGGUGCUGCUGUUUGUGCUCAAACACAGCAAACAAGUAAUCCAACCGUGUGGUUAACUGAGUGGGCUCCAGAACCUCGUGAUGUUUACUGGGCUAAUCUUGCAAUCCCUUAUGUCGAGCUCUCAGUUAGAAGGCUUAUUAUAGCUGUUUCCUUUUUCUUUCUGACCUUUUUCUUCAUGGUACCAAUUGCAAUUGUCCAAUCCUUGGCCAACCUAGAUGAUAUCGAGAAGGUGCUUCCUUUCUUGAAACCUAUAAUAGAAAGAAAUUCCCUUAGGCCGGUUAUUCAAGGUUUCUUGCCAGGGAUAGUAUUGAAAAUAUUCCUUAUACUUCUCCCAACAAUUCUGAUGGCCAUGAGCAAGAUCGAAGGUCACACAUCACUCUCUGGAUUGGACAGGAAAACAGCAACAAAAUACUACGUAUUCCUUUUCGUGAAUGUGUUCUUGGGGAGUGUAAUAACCGGAACAGCAUUCCAACAGCUCGACAACUUCAUCCAUCAGUCUGCUAACAAAAUUCCAGAGGUUGUUGGAGAGUCUAUUCCCAUGAAGGCAACAUUUUUCAUGACAUACAUAAUGGUUGAUGGCUGGGCUGGUGUAGCUGCUGAAGUUCUUCGGUUGAAGCCAUUAGUCAUAUUCCAUAUAAAGAAUGCUUUCUUGGUUAGAACUGAGCACGACCGCGAACAAGCCAUGGAUCCCGGAAGCCUGGAUUUUUACAACACAGAACCACGGUUACAGUUGUACUUUCUGCUUGGGCUUGUAUAUGCAGUUGUCACACCAAUGCUUCUUCCCUUCAUCAUAGUGUUCUUCAGCCUCGCAUAUCUUGUUUUCAGACAUCAGAUAAUUAAUGUCUAUAAUCAGCAAUAUGAAAGUGGUGCACAAUUCUGGCCAGAUGUGCACAUGCGACUAAUCAUAGCAUUGAUGGUAUCACAAAUUCUCCUACUGGGACUGCUGAGCACGCAGGAAGCAGAGAAGUCCACUAUUGCUCUUCUCCCACUUCCUGUCCUCUCCCUAUGGUUCCACUAUGUUUGCAAGGGCCGGUUUGAACCAGCAUUUGUGAAGUUCCCCUUGCAGGAUGCCAUGGUAAAGGACACACUGGAACGGGCAAAUGACCCGACUUUAAAUUUGAGAGACUACCUGAAAGGUGCUUAUGUGCACCCAGUAUUCCAGAAAAAUGACAUAUAUGAGCUUGUCACCAUAGAUGAGGAAGAGAAGAACCCCCUCGUUGUGACAAAGCGGCAGUCUCGCAUGACCACACCAGGAGGAAGCAAAUUCAAUUCAAGUUCUGGUACUAAUGAAGGGGAGUUCAGUCGGAUACCUCCUCCCUAGAGCCUGAUUCUCUCACGAACAAAUGUAAAUUUUUUCCAAGUUCGGUAAUCAUGUAAAUGUUUGGCCAAGACAGAAAUGCAAAAGGAGGAAGUAGGAUAAUGAAACAGGCUGUACUAUACAUGAAUACAUGAUUGGCAAUUGGUUUAAGAACUGUAGCAAGAUGCAGGUUUGAGCAAUUAAGAAUUUUUUUUGCCAAAUCAACCACUCA